AUGGGACUUGACGCCAGUUUGGGGCGUGAAAAUAGGCCUGCAGGGAAAACCCAUAAAUGUGUUCAUCGUCUAUAUCGUAAUAGCUCAAAUGUAGCUGAGAGAGAUGCAGAGGAAAAACCAACGAGUCGAGCAUAUCUCUUAAAUACUCUUGAAGACGAAUUUGAAGAGCUAAGCACAAGCCCCUCCCGCAAAAGCAUGCCAUGCAGGUUCAACGGAGUGAAAGUGGAAAGCAAUGGCAUGUUGAAAAGGGGUUCCGUAUAUCAAAGCUCAAGAGAGAUAAGAAAGCUGAUAAAACAGCGGGAGGUUAGGAGAAAACCAGAACUGGCUCUUAGUGAUGAGUCAUUCCUGUCAUUUGAGAUUGUCAACUCUCCUUCCAAGCGUUCCCCAAAUGAGAAGACUGCACUUGAUCAGCAGAAGAGGAGACCACAUUCUUUUUUAAAUCCUGAACGUAAUUUGACGUCCUUUGACAAUGCUCAAGCUGUGUUGACAGAUACUACGGAAUUCCUGGACCUGUCUUUCAGGCUUCUUCCGGAAGAGCAAGCAAACUGGAGCAGUCAGUGUCCCAAUGUUUCCCAGGCAACACAGAGCUCAUCAGACAGUUACUUGGAGAUCAGCCUUUCUCCUGACAUCAGCGAAUGCUCUCACACCUCAGCAAUUCAUGGGAAUGUGGAAGGUUUUCGGCGUAAAGAACCAAAAUUCGGAUCAAGUGAAGGUUUAGGUUCAGAAAAUCUUGGUAGUACCCGUUCAGAAGAUGGCGUACACAUUUUACCCAAAUCCUUCUCUGCCAAGGUUGGGACAUGCAAAACUCUUCACCAACCGGAGAUUGAUCCGUCUAAAGUCACCCAGAGAAACCGAUUUAGUCCAAUUAUGAAGAUGUUUGAUCCUAUGAAGAAAUCAAAGUCACAAAGGAACCCAUCUCUCUCAAAUACUGUAGCCUGCAAUCUGACGCCUCCCAAUCCUUCAAGCUACCGGAUAGAUACAUCAUCUCGCAAAUCCUCUUUGAGUGGUUUGUCGAGCUCGAUAGAUCACAAGAGGAUAGACCGUCAUGAUCAGUUGUUUAGUGGAGACGAGGAGAUGGUGGUAACAGCUGCUUCAGCUGCUCAUCUGCAUGGCACUCUCAAACUGGAAAGCAAGCAAAGUGUUCCAUCUUUUGAGUUCUCCUUAAAGGACGCAGAAGAGGUUCUUUCUGCGAAGACAUGGAAAGCACAGAAUGCAUUCAAUUGGGUCUACACCUUCCAUGGCGGUAAAAGGCACAGUGGCAGCAGCUGGGGCUCAAAGGAUAGGCGCAGACAGACCCUGCCAAUUGUUGGCCAGAUGCAGGUCUCUUGCUAUUUUUGCUCAGAAUUGAGUAGCAACGGGUUGUUGGAUAAUUUCGCUGUAACCGAGUUCGUUUUACAAGAUAUUUCCCAACUGAAAAGGAACAGCACUGCCUGUGAUGAAAGAUUUCCUUCACCAGAUCUUCAACCUCGCAAAGAUAUUAUUUCUGCGAGCAUAGCUGAUGGUGAUUCCCGGGAUUUGAAUGUGCUGUCAGAGCCUGAAACCCGCAAGAAUCCAUCUAGGGUAGCCGAUGCUGAUUUCCCUUCUGAAGCUUCUGCCUCUGGUCAGCGAGCAGCGCCGAUAGAAUCGCGUCCUCAACUUGAAGUUGCAGCCAUUGUCGUUCAAAUCCCAUUUGGUGGAAAGAGAUCUUUGAAAGAUAGGCUGAGAGAUGAUGCAUGCAAUAAACAGCUCAGAGACUUAACUGGUAAUGGAAGGGAUGGGGCCUCCAUCGACCCUCAGCCUGUCAGUGUGAAGGUGGUGACCUCAAGCGGCAGGCACGGAUUGCCGUGCACUGAAGAGACGGGCCCUUCACCACUACUUGAUAGAUGGCGAUCUGGUGGGGCCUGUGAUUGUGGUGGCUGGGACAUGGCAUGUCCAAUCACUGUACUUGAUAAUUCUGGAGGCGAAGAUGCAACGGAGAUCAGGGGAGGUCAUCUGUCCUUGAAGCUUUUUGUUCAGGUAUGCUUUCGUUCCAAUGCGGAUUGUGAGAUUCUGUGUAUCUUGGAAAUCACUAAUGAGAAAUAUCAUUAAUAAAAUAAAGUUUUAAAAAAUAUAAAUCGGACUUGUUAAUUUUUCUUCCACAAUGUCAUCUACAACUUCUGGGCAUGCAUUCUUCGGACUUGUUAAUUUUUCUAGUUUUUUAUUUUUUUUUUUAAAACUAAUUCUGAAUUGGAUUCUUGGGGAAGGCUUACUUCUUCUUCUUUUUUUUGACAAAAAAAAUAAAAUUGCAAUAUCAUCUAGAACAUUUGGACAUUCCUCAGAUUCCAACCAGUUCCUGUCUCUCCUCUUACACAGGGAACCAAGGACAAGACCCCGGCCCUCAUCAUCACCACACGCGAGGACGGCCUGUACUCCAUUCACUUCCACGCGCAGUUCUCCAAGCUGCAGGCCUUCUCCAUCUGCGUCGCUGUUCUUCACAGUCUUGAAGCCUUCGGGCUACUCAGCCAGGAGAAGAACGGGCAGAGGCUUCACUCCAGCUCGCUGAAACUACUACUCGAGGAAGAGGUGAGGCAACUGCUAGAAGCCGUCGCCAAGGAAGAGCACCGAAAGGUCAACAAGAAGCAGCAACAGAGCCCCGGCCCGUACCAGGUCGACCCUCCCAUCUCCCCCAUCGGACGAGUGUAA